AUGAGACCAAUUUCACUCCGUCUUCAUGAAAGACCAAUCACCCAAGUUCUUUUCAAUCGUGAAGGUGAUCUCCUUUUCGUUGCAGCCAAAGAUAAACUCGUUUCAUUAUGGUACACUACAAAUGGUGAAAGAAUCGGUUCAUAUCAAUGUGGUGGUGUAGUUUAUUCAAUUGAUGUUUCACAGGAUUCUAAAUAUUUAAUUACAGCAUCAGCAGACGCCAAAGCAAGAGUUUGGGAUGUCUCAAGUGGUAGACAAUUAGAUUCAACUGAUUUUGAAGUAUCAGCUCGUUCAAUUGAAUUUUCACAAGGCGACAAACAAAUUUUAGUUGUCACUGAUCAAGUUAUGGGUUGUCAAGCUAAAAUCCAUGUUUUCGAUUUUGAUAAAGAUGAAGUUAGAAAACUCAAUAAAUCUUACACAUUACCAUCACCACAAUGUAAAAUCACCCAAGCUACUUGGGGUCCAUUAAAUAAAACUAUUUUUGCUUCAUGUGAAGAUGGUGCCGUUCGUAUUUAUUGCACAGAGAAAAGAGAACUCAUUAAAACUAUCCUUGAUCACAACAAAUUAGUCACAAGAAUUGAAUGGACUAAACAUAGAAUUAUGUUUAUGACUUGUUCAAAAGAUGGUACUGCUAAAUUAUAUGACACAAAAACAUUAAAACUCUUAAGAACUUUCGAUACUGGUCGUCCAAUUAAUGCAGCUGGUAUUUCACCACUUAAACCACACGUUAUUCUUGGUGGUGGUCAAUCAGCUGAAUCUGUAACCACAACCAAAGUAGAUGCCUCUCAAUUCAAAGUUAGAUUUUUCCAUAUUGUUUAUGGUGAAGAAUUAGGUGGUUUAAUUGGUCAUAUUGGUCCAGUUCACUCAAUUUGUUUCACUCCAGAUGGUAAAACAUUUGCAACUGGUGGUGAAGAAGGUCUUGUUCAAGUUAAUCAUUUGGAUGAAUCAUAUUUCGAAUUUGAUGACGAUUUAGUUUAUAACCCACCAGUUCAACAUUAA